ACAGAACUCCAAAAAAGUAAUAUACUGUGCCCAGCUGGUCCUGCUGAGCUACAUCAAAGUCCUACUCAUGUGACUUCCAUGCAGGCUCAGCACAGUCCUCCCCAGCCUAGUUACACCUCUUCAAGCUGUACCCAGAGUUCCAGAGAGGAUCAGCUUACGACCACAGAGUCUCAGCAGAAUCCAGCGCAAGGUAGUCCCAUAUAUAGUAGCCAUGCACAUUCUCCUCACAGUCCCACCCGGGUUCAGUCAGGGCCUGCACAGCCUCAGCAAAGCCCUCCACCACACAGUCCUGUGCAGGACUACACUUCACAGACACAGCUCGAUCGACCAUGUAGUACUAACAUCAUCACACAGCCUCAGCACAGUCCUACACCACGUAGUCCUGCACAAGUUGGCACAUCACACCCACAGAGUCCCACGCAGGAUUCUAAACCUACACUGGACCAGGGGAGCCCUGGAUCAAGCAGCCCUGCUCAGCUGCAAUGUUGGGCUGCACAGGACAUUUCUACACUGGACCAGGACCUCUCACUAGUCUACUGUAGGUCCACUCAGACAGCAAGAAGACACGCCUCACUGAGGCCUAUUUCAGCUCCAUGUAGCCCAUCACCGGCCCCACCCAAAGCCACACAGUGUAGUCUGUCACAACCCACAAGCCCAGUAAAGGCCUACUCCUUACAGCCUGUUAGGCCUUCACAGCUUAGCCUUCUUCCUUCUCAGCUUGCUACACAGUCAGAAGUCACAGAGGAAUGCAUCCGAACCCCAGAGCUAAAGUCCUUGGAGCAGCUGAGCCCUAACCUUGAUGGCCAAACACUGGAAAGUAGCCCCACUGCUAUCCUGUCCACAAUGCCCCCUGAUAGCCAUGGCACAGAUGGAAACCAGCUUGGUCCAGUUCAGAGUAGCACACUUAGCCCAGACCAUUCAAGCCCCCUUCAGGUCCCAGCACUGCCCACACCAGAAAGCCUUGUUCACAUUAGCUCUUCAGUGGAACACAGUAGCCUAAUCUUCUCACCUUGUGCUGAUAGAACAGAAGAACACCUUCAUCGGAGUCCUUCUUGUGACAGCCCAUCACGCUGCGGCGAAGCUAAUGAAGGUAAAGCCAGUCCAGUACAUAUCCAAAACAGCUCGGCUAGUUCUAGUCCCAAACAUGCCAGUCAAAUGCCUGCCAGCCCUGCCAGCUCUCCUCUGGCCCGUGCCAGCCCUGUGGCAGUGGAGACUAGCCCUGUCCAUGUCAGCUACACUGUUAAACCCUCAAUGCAACCGGCUAGCCCCAUCCACCCCAUCACAUGUCAAGAUGAGGAGGUGGAGGUAUCUGUGGACCAUUUGCUUCAGUCAGAACCUAGUCCCAGUCAUCCUAACUCCACUCUGGGCAGUCCAGUCCACACAGAAACUAACAGCGAGUACAGUCUGAUGGAGAGAGGAGGGAGAGCUAGUCCCUCUGUUUGUAGUUUUGCAAAGCUCACACAGACGGGCCAGUCCAGUCCCACACAUGUCCAAACUACAAGUAGUCCUUCACAGGCUUCUCCAGUACAGACAAGCCCCCUGCCACCUAGCUUUAGUCCUUCACACUGUAGGCCGACUGAUACUAGCUCAGCUGGUACCUCUGUUAGCCACAGUCUGAGCCACAGUGGCCAGACAACUUCUUACCCUGCUAGCGUAACUGAUGUUAGCGUCAUCCACAGUCCACCUAGGUCUAGUCCUGCUGGUCAAGCUAGUCCUGUUCACAUACAAAGCACCUGUAGUAGUGCCCACUCAGGCCCAGCCCAAAGACAGACUCCCUCAUUAGCUAACACAACACACAGCAGCCCCGCACAUGCUGCUGUCGCUGGUGUUAGCCCACCUCACAGUCCAGCUCAGGCCAGUGAAACAUAUCGUAGUCCCCAGUAUAGCCCAGCUCCUGACACUGGAACCAGUUCUGGCCCUGCUGUGGCUAGUUCCAGUCUGGAUGUGGUUGCCAGUUCAGUAAUUCAGAGCUCUGUUCUUCCUGUUGUGGUUCAGCUUCUUUCUACGGACAGCAUUAGGCAGACGAGCCCAACACCUGCCAGUUCUUCUGCUGUUAGCCCCAACCAGGCC